AUGGAGCUGGGAGGCCUGGAAAAGCUCCAGAAUCUCGACUUGAGCUACAACUCUCUCGCAGGAGCGAUUCCGGGUGAGUUGGGACGGUUGCAGAGCUUGUCGAUUCUCGAUCUUAGCAACAACAAGCUGGGGGGACAUAUCCCGGAUUCGAUCGGGAAGCUGGCGCAGCUCAAGAAGCUGGAUCUAAGCAGCAACGCGCUGGAUGGAUCCAUCCCAGCCGCGCUUGGGAGCUUGAGCAAUCUCCAGUUCUUGGCUCUGGAUAAGAACAGCAUCACUGGCGGCAUCCCUCGCGAGCUGCAAGGAUUGAGCAACCUCCAGUCACUCCUCCUCCAGGAUAAUCCCAUGCACACGACCAUACCUGACUUUUGGAAGAGCCUUGGAAAAAUCUCGCAGCUGAGGCUUUCCAACUCGGGAUACACGGGCGGCAUUCCGGGAUCCAUUGUUCUUCUCAAGAACCUCACGGAACUGGCGCUGGAAAGGAACUUCCUCACGGGCUCCAUCCCCGAAAGCUUGGGAUCACUCCCAAACAUCUACCACUUGAAUCUCAGCAACAACCUCUUGUCCGGUCUCGUCCCCUUCGCUCCUAGUUUCUACGCGAGACUGGGUGAUAACUUAGAUCUUCAUGGCAACACCGGAUUGUGCUCUACUGCCGCUGCUAGAUCCGAUGAUCUGAGGAGCUGCCCGGGUGGAAAAUCGAGCCAGUCAUUGUCAUCAUCCAGCUCUUCCUCGGCUCCAUCACAGCAGCAACGAGUUCUUCGCAGCUUCUUUUCCAUCUCCGUGUUCUUUUAUUUCAUCUGUACGGUUCCUUAG